UCAUUGGAUUGUGUGUGGCUGCGUCAGUAAAACGUAUUCUUAAAAGCAACCAUUGGUCUGAUUGCUUCUUCUAUUAAGAAACCUUCAAAUUGAAUCGGGGUAUAUAGCGUGAAGCAAUCUUCAAUCUCCAAUCUCCUAUCGAACAUCUUCUCCGCUUCUUCUAUCUGCAAUCGAAUCUUCCGGAGAUGGCGGCGUCUGCGAGGAUUUGUUGCGGAGGGAGUGCAUGUGCCGUUCGUUCUGAUCGGCGUACGGUGGAUUUGAAUUCUCGAUCGUUUUGUGUUGUUCCGGUUACGAAUAGACGGAAUUGGUGUGGGAUCGGGAAGAUUUCGAUGGCGAUGGAUGAUUUGGCAACGCCGUCCGCGGCGGUGAAGGUUGAUCGGAUGGGUGAAAAGAAACGUGGCGGAUCUGUUGUGUCGAGGGAGAAGCUUGAUGUGUGGUUGAGAGAUUCGGUGGUUGAGAUCGUCAAGAAUCUUAGAGAGUCUCCGCUGUUGAUGCAUUUAUACGCGGAGGCUAAUGGUUGUUUGACUACCACGGCGACGAAUCCGGAGGCAGAGGAUUGGCCGGAGAUGGAAGGGAGGUGGGGAAGAGGAGAAGAGAGGACGCCGGAAGGGGUUGUAUUCGUUGAGAAGCUUGCGGACGGCGACAUAGCGGAUCGAGAAGGAGAUGACGGUGAAGAUGAUUACGAUGGAACCAACGACGGAGGCGCGUGUGGAGAUACGAGCGCGUGGGGGAUUGUGGCGCAAGGAAGAGGAACAGAUUCUGGACCGGUAUGUUAUUUGUUGAAAACGACCCGGGUUGGGUCCGGUAUGGGGACGGUUUGCACACAUUUCUGCUUGGUUAAAGUGAAGAGUUUUAGGGAGACGGCGAUGUCACAGUUGAAUAACUCAUGGUUGGUGCAGACUGGUCAAUGAAAUUGAAACAGUGAUUAUCAAAAAGGAUUGAUCUGUAUAUUAUUAAUUUUUAUUCACUUUGGGUUUAGAUUAUGGAACCCUUAUGGAUGAUCAUCAAAUCACCUUUGUUUGUUAAUUUACACAACAUUUUUUUAGAAAUUUGGAUUUGGUGAAUUUAAAAUGUAAAAAUGAAAAGGUCAAGUUUAAUUAUUGGUUAUAGUGAUUGGUUUUAUCAAA